AUGGGAGAUGAUCCAUCGUCCUCAGCUUCGGCCAUCGAGUAUACAACCCCCGAAACUCUCGGCAGCGCCUACCCAGACAUGGCCCUGAGUGACAGGCAGUCUCCAUUACCACCGGGCCCUAGUCCCGCAAACAGUUCCGCCUUUCAAGCCCAGUACCAGCAACUUUACGGCCCGUCCCCCAAUGCCUACUCCAGCCAGAUCGAUAUGUCUCAUACCCAAGGGUCGGGCCGGCAAGGACCUUACAAUAUGAGCGCAAUGGCCAAUGCCCUUCCCCAGUCUGGAUAUAGACCUGGCUACACCACUGGGCAGCAACAGCAACAGCAACAGCCACGAUAUAACCAUGGCGCGGCUCCCAACAUGAUGCCACAAGUGGCACAUUAUCCCGGGCAGUCGGUCAUGCCUCAGCCGCUAGGAGGACAACAGUACUAUAUGGCUCAACAUCCGCAGAUGCCGCAGUACUACAAUGCCCAGUUAUCGCCGAACUCGCAGCAUCAAUCAUCGCAACAAUCCGGUCUGCCUCCGCGACACAACAUGAACAUGGGCUAUUACACCAACGCGGUCUUGGUGAACCAGUCUCAACAGCAGCUUCCCACUGGUUAUUACUACCCUCCGUCAGGCCAAUUCUCAGCCCCAAACUCCGCUGUACAUGGCCAAAUGGCACCUACGCAAUUUCUGAUGCCAGAUGGUACACCCGGAGGUCCACGAGGUUUAUCUCCUUCUCAGGGAAGUGAUCAAGCCGAUGGAGUAGCGCACUUUGGUCAGAUCGACGGUAUGGCAGACAACCGCUCGAACGUCGUCCGAGGUCCGCCGCGCAAACCUCGGCAAAGUGGUCACGCAAUCUGGAUCGGCAACCUACCUCCGCAGACCGAAUUGAUGAGCCUCGUCCAUCACGUAUGCAAAGAAGCUGCUGGGCUCGAAUCGCUCUUUCUCAUUUCGAAGAGCAAUUGCGCUUUUGCCAAUUUCAAGGACGAGCCGAGUUGCGUUGCGGCUCAGCAAAAACUCCACGAUUCGAAAUUCCAAUCAGUCCGGCUCGUUAGCCGGCUACGAAAGAGCACAGUGGAGGGCGUCACUGGCCAGACUGCUCCAACUGGUCCAGCAGCAACCUCUCCAGGGGGGCAGCCUGCUUCAUCGGGAUCCCCGUCGAGCCCACAAUCAAAGGUGUUGAAUUCUUCGUUCUCUGUUACGGGGGUCCCGUCCGAGCCGAAGAAUACCUCGAUCGCCGAGACGAAUAACCAGAGAGACAAAUUCUUCAUUCUGAAAAGUCUGACAGUAGAGGACCUAGAGUUGAGUAUUCGAAAUGGGGUGUGGGCUACGCAGUCACAUAACGAGGUUGCGCUGAAUAACGCAUUCAAGGCAGCUGAUAAUGUGUACCUUGUAUUCUCGGCCAACAAGUCUGGAGAGUAUUUCGGUUACGCGAGGAUGGUGUCCCGCAUCAACGACGAUCCGGCCGCUGCGAUCGAAUUUGCCCCCAAAGCACAAGUCACGAGCAACCUGGACCUGCCCAAAGCGAUCCCCACCGAAGCUACCGAGGCCUGCCCGAAGGGACGGAUCAUCGACGAUUCGGCGCGAGGCACUAUAUUCUGGGAGGUGGAGAGAGAUGAGGUGGACGGAAUACCUGAGGCAGACGAAUCAGAGGAUGAUGACAGCGCCAGGAGCGCGCCAGAGGACGAGGGAGGCUCCAAAGCAUGGGGCAAACCAUUCAAACUGGAAUGGUUGUCGACUACGAGGCUGCCGUUCUAUCGGACCCGCGGCCUUCGCAACCCGUGGAACUCCAACCGGGAAGUCAAGAUUGCACGCGACGGCACGGAACUGGAGCCGUCGGUCGGCAGGAGACUAAUUGGAUUAUUCAAUCGCAUCCAAACUCCAGCGCCGUUGGUGAUGCCCGGUAUGCGCCCUGGCGUGCCCGGCGUACCCGGCAUAUCGAUGGCGGCCGGAUUCCCUCCCCCAAUGGCUCCGCCGUACCACCAAUAA